AUGGCCACGCCGACUCCACCGCAGAGUGCUCCUCCUGCCACUCCAGCCCCAGCCCCGGCUCCGGCUGCAGCUCCGGCUUCAGGUCCGGCUCCAGCCCAAGCCUCAGCCCCAACUCCGGCCCCAGCCCCGGCUCCGGCUCAGACUUCGGCCCCAGCUCCAGCUCCUGUCGCAUCCUCAGACCCUACAGCAGCAGCGGGUACAACCGCGGCCCCGGGGCAGAGCCCGGCCGCAGCGCAAGCCCCAGCGCAGACCCCUGCGCCGCCGCCGCCUGGCCCGGCUCUCCCAGGGCCCUUCCCUGGCGGUCGCGUGGUCCGGCUGCACCCGGUCAUUUUAGCCUCCAUCGUGGACAGCUAUGAGCGACGCAACGAGGGCGCUGCUCGCGUUAUCGGGACCCUGCUGGGAACUGUCGACAAGCACUCGGUAGAAGUUACCAAUUGCUUUUCAGUGCCUCACAAUGAGUCUGAGGAUGAGGUGGCCGUUGACAUGGAAUUUGCUAAGAACAUGUAUGAAUUGCACAAGAAAGUGUCUCCUAACGAGCUCAUCUUGGGCUGGUAUGCUACAGGCCAUGACAUCACCGAGCACUCGGUGCUGAUCCAUGAGUACUACAGCAGAGAGGCCCCCAACCCCAUUCACCUCACUGUGGACACAAGCCUCCAGAACGGUCGCAUGAGCAUCAAGGCCUAUGUCAGCACUUUAAUGGGUGUCCCUGGGAGGACCAUGGGGGUGAUGUUCACACCUCUGACUGUGAGAUAUGCAUAUUAUGACACUGAACGCAUUGGAGUUGACCUGAUCAUGAAGACCUGUUUUAGUCCCAACCGGGUGAUCGGGCUCUCAAGUGACUUGCAGCAAGUUGGAGGGGCGUCAGCCCGCAUCCAGGAUGCCCUCAGCACAGUAUUGCAGUACGCAGAGGAUGUCUUGUCUGGAAAGGUGUCAGCUGACAAUACUGUGGGCCGCUUCUUGAUGAGUCUGGUUAACCAAGUACCCAAAAUCGUUCCUGAUGACUUCGAGACCAUGCUCAACAGCAAUAUCAAUGACCUGCUGAUGGUGACCUACCUUGCCAAUCUUACACAGUCACAGAUUGCCCUCAAUGAGAAACUUGUAAACCUGUGA